AUGACUACUUUCACCAGAAUACCAGAGGGGGAAACCCCAUCAAUCAACGUUGACGUGUCAAGACGACUCUCAAAAAUCGAUCCAAAUAUAUAUGGCGGGUUUAUGGAACAUAUGGGCCGCUGCAUCUACGGCGGCAUCUACGAUCCAGGAAACCCCCUCUCAGACACCAACGGCUACCGCACCGACGUCCUAACCGCGCUACGAGAACUCGAUAUUCCGGUUAUCCGCUACCCAGGCGGGAAUUUCGUCGCCACAUAUCAUUGGCAAGAUGGCGUUGGGCCUAAGGAAAACAGGCCCGCGAGACCCGAGCUCGCAUGGCUGGGAACCGAGACGAAUCAGUUUGGCACCGAUGAAUUCAUGCACUGGUUGAGCGUCCUCGGUGAAGGGCAGGAGAAGAAGAUAGAGCCGUACUUUUGCUUGAAUUUUGGCACUGGGACUUUGGAUGAGGCAUUGGCGUGGGUGGAAUACUGCAAUGGGACGCGGAAUACUUAUUAUGCCAAUCUGCGGCGAAAGAACGGCCGAGAAGAGCCAUAUAAUAUUAAAUACUGGGCACUGGGCAACGAAACGUGGGGACCGUGGCAAGUCGGCCAAAUGACCGCCACAGAUUACGCCAAAACAGCCUCCCAAUGGGGAAAGGCCCUCAAACUCUUGGACCCAAACCUAAUCCUGAUUCUCUGCGGCGAAACAGGGACAACCUCCUGGGACUAUGAGGUUCUCAAAUCCUGCAUCAAAUACGUCGAUAUGCACAGCAUCCACAUAUACACAACUUCAUCCUCGCACGUGCCAAACGCCGUGGCUCCUCUGUCUGCAGAGCGCUCUAUCGAGACCGCUGCGGCGCUUAUUGAUAUUGCGCGCAUAGAGAAUAAUAUCCCGGCUACCGCCCCGCGGACUACCAUCUGCUUUGAUGAAUGGAAUGUCUGGGAUCCUGUACGGGCGCUGGGAGAAGAUGGGGCGGAGGAGUUGUAUACGCUUUCUGAUGCGCUGGCUGUGGGUGUGUGGCUUAAUGUGUUUGUGAGGCAGAGUAAGUGGGUUGGCAUGGCGAAUAUUGCGCAGAGUGUCAAUGUCAUUAGUCCGUUGAUGACUACGAAGGAUGGGAUAGUGAAGCAGGCUACGUGGUGGCCUUUGUUACUGUUUAGUAGGUAUAUGCGGGGAUGGACCGUUGGGACACAUGUGCGAGGUGGUGCUUAUGAUGGGGUUACGGAGCCGGCUUGGUUGCAGGGCGUGCUGGAGCAGGGCGCUAGUUGGCUGGAUGUUAGUGCUUGUGUAAAUGAGGAGGGCGUGGUGACUCUUGCUGUGGUUAAUAUUAGCGAGACUGAGGAUUUCGAGGUUGAUUUGCUCGGGACUAGUAAGGAUGUGGAGGUCUUCACUGUUACGGGGGAUAAUGUGAAGGCUGUGAAUGUUGAAGGGAAGGAGGAGGUCGGCGUUAAGGAGUCUAAGUGGGAUGGGGACGGGAGAUAUAAGUUUGUCAAGCAUUCUAUUACGAUGCUUAGAUGGCAGACUGGAGAGAAGAUAGUCGAGGUUGGAAAAGAGGAGAGUAUAAGGUUUGAUGCAAGGAAGAUGGUAUGGAGUUAG